AUGGCCUUAUAUGCCGCUAUUUUUUUGCAACAAUUCUUUUAUGGAAGCGGAUACAACACUUUCAAGUAUACAGCAAUUUCAGUAAUUUCUGGUGAUAAGUUUGGUACAAUAGAAUACAUAGUAGAAUUAAAUCUUUCUCAUUUAGAGAGUAUUUGUAGGUGUCAUGUUUAUACUAAAGAACAAUUGAAACAGGAGAUAGAAUCUGAAAUCACACAAACUGUGCAAGGCAAUAAUAUUACUGAAUUUGCCUAUACUAUUAACAACCCAAUUAAUAUUAGAACAAAAGGCCAAAAGCCUAAAAAUUCAAGUAAUAUAUAUGCUAAUUGUAAGGCAGAUUAUGAGUUAAAUGUAGAUGUAGGAGCUGAAGGUAGUAGAAGUAAAUCAAGAUGA